AUGUCGUCCGACCUUCUCGCCGAAUUCGAUAGUUUCUACACCGCCCCUCAAGACGCUCGAUCGAAUACUGCUCCAGCUUUGAAUGAUCUCGCUGUUCUAGGGGGUACGAAUCAACAACACGGUCAUACCGCCCCGGGAGGAACGCAAACGCAAUGGCAGAGCCAACCGGCAAACCCAAGUGAUGAUAUCUGGGGGGGAGCGGCUGGUUUCCAAUCGAAUCUGAAUAAUAGCAAGCCAAAUGUCGCCGAAGAAGAUAUCUGGGGAUCUUUUGAGAAUGCUACACAAGUGUCUACGGAGCCUACCCAACCGCGCCCUCCUGCGACAACCAGCUAUAGCGUAGCAGUCACCACAAAGCCAGGUCAGAAUGGGCCUAGGAUAGUUCGGCGCCCGACAUUAGACCUAUUCUCUAGCAAUAUAACUGAAUCCCAAUCUAUGCCGAGUGUACCAGCCACAAAACCGGAAAGUCUACCGCCACAAAGACCAGCAGCGGCUUCUAAAGGUUCAUUUGGGGAAAUACUAUUCGAUGCUGCAGAUGAGAUAUCCGCUGACCAGGACGAUGAGGACGAGUUCGGGGAUUUUGAGACUUUCACUGCUGAAUCUGCACCAGAGCCUCCGCCCCCAGCAUCUCAGUCUCUGGAAACGCUUUUUGGUGCCACGACUCUGGCGCCGAAAAUCCCGAACAACUCCAAAGCCCUGUCGCCAGCACCACUCACUCUAAGUGCUGGCACGUUGCCAUAUCCACAAGCUCCCAAAUCACCUUCUUUCCAAGAAAGAAAUCCUUUUGGACAGCAACUGGCACUUGCCAUGAAUCAAGUUGAGGCCGCGAAGAAGGCAGAUAAGCCGCAAUCCGCAUCACCGGUAACAGCGUGGCCGUCAUUCGAAGUCCCAAAACCAGCCCCGUAUCAAGACUCACCUGCCCCCAAUGACCAACCAGGGGAUGAAUGGGGUGAUUUUGCAGAUCUUCCAGAGUCUCCGCCUGGCACUGCCACAAAGGCAGCUUCGGGCAUUUUAGCAGAUGCUUGGGCUUGGGACGCCGCAGACGGCGUUGCCUCAGAGCCAGCUAGUAUUCCUCCUCCAACCAAUGUCCCACCGCCAUCAGUCUUGCUUACGCUUUUCCCGCCAUUGUUUGAUCUUCCGAAAGAUACAUUGCUUAAAGGAGUGGUAAAUCAACCGUUUCCGAUGAAGAAUCGAAUAUUGUCAGAUCCAUCAACGAUCAGCUUCCUCCGUGCAUAUAUCCUCAUCGCCACCGUGGCCGCCCGGAUUAUUGCAGGCCGGAAAUUGCGCUGGAAGAGGGACACCAUCCUCUCACAGUCAAUGAAAAUUGGGCCCUCUGCAGCUGGAGGAAAAGGCGGCAUGAAGUUAACAGGCGUUGACAAAGCUGAGGUCACGCGGGAAGAACGAGAAUCUGCAGAAGUGGUUCGAGUAUGGAAAGAGCAGCUUGGCCGUCUACGCUCAGCUGUUGCUGUGGCAAAUUCGAGUAUUUCUGAUACCUCGCAGCAUUUAACGAUACCUGAGAUCUCGGAAACUAUCCAUGUCAAAACCCAGGAAGGGGGUCUCACUGCACCAAAACCGUGCGUCAUAUGCGGUAUAAAGCGGGAGGAGAGAGUCAGCAAAGUUGAUGUCCAGGUUGAAGAUAGCUUUGGGGAAUGGUGGAUUGAGUAUUGGGGCCACCGAGCGUGCAAGAAUUUCUGGCAAGAGCACGAGUCGAAACUGAAGCAUCGAUAA